AACCCCGCUGUUCGAGACAUUGUUAAAAUGAGUGCCCGCAAAACGCAAAAGUUUUACAAGUUGGAUAUAAAUCGUACAGAAUGGGAAGUUCCAGAAAUAUAUCAGCAGCUGCAUCCAGUGGGCUCUGGUGCAUAUGGACAAGUAUGCAAGGCUAGAAUUCGUGGUACCAACACAGAUGUCGCCAUUAAGAAGUUAUCUCGUCCCUUCCAAUCAACGGUGCACGCCAAGCGGACAUAUCGGGAACUAAUGCUAUUGAAGCAUAUGGAUCAUGAAAAUGUUAUCGGCCUAUUGGACAUUUUUCAUCCGCAUCCACCUGAAGCAACUUUAGAAGAAUUUCAGAACGUUUACCUGGUAACUCACCUGAUGGGUGCGGACCUGAACAACAUUAUAAAAAUGCAGAACCUAUCCGAUGAUCAUGUGCAGUUCCUGGUAUAUCAAAUACUACGUGGCCUGAAGUAUAUACACAGCGCUGGCGUUAUUCAUCGGGAUCUGAAGCCGUGCAAUAUUGCUGUAAACGAGGACUGCGAGCUUCGUAUUCUUGAUUUUGGGCUGGCGAGACCAACUGAGUUCGAAAUGACGGGUUAUGUGGCCACUCGCUGGUAUCGCGCUCCUGAAAUUAUGCUCAACUGGAUGCAUUACAGUCAAACUGUCGACAUUUGGUCAGUGGGAUGUAUCAUGGCUGAGCUCAUCACGCGACGCACACUUUUCCCAGGCACAGACCACAUACAUCAGCUCAAUUUGAUCAUGGAAAUGUUGGGCACACCGCCUGACGAUUUUAUGCGGAAGAUCUCAUCUGACAACGCCCGAAACUAUAUUAAUUCACUGCCGCCAACGAAACGAAAGGACUUUAAGGUUGUUUUUAAGAAUGCCAAUCCUUUGGCUAUUGAUUUGCUCGAGAAGAUGUUGGAACUGGAUGCGGAUAAACGCAUAACAGCCGAGCAGGCGCUCGCUCAUCCAUACUUACAGAAGUAUGCAGACCCAGGUGAUGAACAAACUGCGCCUUUGUACGAUCAAAGCUUUGAAGAAAAAGACUUUUCAUUAGAAAAAUGGAAGGAGCUUAUUUACAAAGAAGUCAUGAAUUUUAAACCUCCAGCUUCAUUUGCCGCAAAUCUGGAAAGUAAUGACUGAUAUCUGUUAAUGCAACACUAACUGCAAAGUAUUAGCCACAGACAUGGGCUGCAUUAAUGUGCCUUAAAUCCAGCAAAGAAUUUGCUCAUGAAGUACCUUAUGUCAUUUACUAAUG